AUGUGUUUGGCGUUGCACAAGGAACACGAUGAGAAAUUGCCCCCUCGCUGCGUUGCGCUCCCGCUGCGGUCCGCGCAAAUUGUGAAUAAUAUUUACGAUUUACGACAAAUAUCCACAAACCCGGAGCUAUUCGGGUCUUAUAUCACCAAUAGAGUGUGUAUGAUGCUAUAUUCUAGUACUAACUUUGUUGUUUAUGUUGCUGUUAGACCCUCAAGAAUGGCAUCUUUGCAUGUUGACUAACCUUUUGUUAAUGCUCGUCACCAAAAAACAAAGUCGGAAGUCAAAUUCCUUCCUCGUCGUCCAGCAACUCGAGAAGCUGCAAGCUUUCACGCACUGAUCCAAUCGAAAUAA